AUGUCGUCAGUGGAAAAACCCGUUACGGCGGCCCAGCCAAACGUACCGGUUGAGAACACGGAGAAGGCACCUCUUGAUCCUGAAACCAAGACGACAACUUCUCGUCCUUACAAGGAAUUCCACGCUCCAACAAAUGGAAAAGUUGAUUUCCCAUGGCAGAAAAUUGGAUCCUUCAUUGAUCCAGCAAACCCUCCGAAACCAGAGGAGUUCAAAGCCAUCAACAUGGACUCGGGAAACACUCUGAUCCAAGGAUACUUAAAGGACAAGUACUACUCCGACUUCUACUACAAUUGUUCCUUAAUGGUUGGAACUUGUCUGUUUGCGUGGCUUAUUGCAAGAUUAGGCGGAGGAUUUUUUGCUCUUGGAUUUGUUCUGAUCUGCGCAUCUGCCUCCUACAGAAAUGAGUUCAGACGUUUCAACAGAAACAUCAGAGACGAUAUGCUUAGAUUGGACGCCGCCAAGCAAUUGGAGGACAGACACGAGACCAUGGAAUGGUUGAAUAGUUUCUUGGCUAAAUUCUGGGUCAUUUACAUGCCAGAACUUAGUGACAUGGUGAUCGCCCAGGCAAAUACCGUUCUAAAGGAUGUUGCUCCUCCUCCUCCAAUUGACAAGUUGACUCUGGACGAGUUCACUCUGGGUACCAAGGCCCCAAAGGUGGAAAGUAUCAAAUCGUUCACCAAACUGGGUAGAGAUGUCUGGCAAAUGGACUGGGACUUUGGAUUCACACCAAACGACACUGAUGACAUGACCAAGAACGAGCUGAAGAAGAAGAUUGACCCAAAGGUCGCUCUUGGAAUCAGAGUCGGUAAAGGUUUUGUUGGUGCCUCGCUCCCUAUUCUUGUUGAGGACAUGUCUUUCAAGGGAAAAAUGAGAAUCACAAUGAAACUCGGCGACAACAUGCCUCAUAUCAAAACUGUUUCUGUUUCUUUCUUGGAACCUCCUUCUAUCGAUUACGCUUUGAAGCCAGUUGGAGGUAAUACCUUCGGUAUUGACAUCAUGUCCGUGAUUCCAGGUCUUUCCUCCUUUGUGAACAGUUUGAUCCACUCCAACCUUGGACCUAUGUUGUAUGCUCCUAACUCUUUGGACAUUGACGUCGAGGAGAUCUUCGAGAGCAUGCUGCCUGAAGCCAAGGGUGUUCUUGCAGUCAACCUGAGAGGUGCUGAGUAUUUCAAAGACUCCAACAUCAGUCCUUAUGUCGAAUUUGCUACCGAUCAAGGUGCUGCCACCCCAUACGUUUCUGACAUCAAGGCCAAGACAAAUGCUCCAAUUUUCAACGAGGUGCACUAUUUGUUAGUCAAUGACUUGAACCAGAAGCUGAACUUCAAACUUCUCACUCUCGAAGACAAGGAAGUUCAAGAACUUGGAAACACUUCUUUUGAACUGCUUGAUUUGACUCAAAAGGAGAUCCGUGAAAAGGUGGAAAGCAAGCUGACAAAACAAAACAAGCGAAUCGGAAAGAUCGUUUACGACUUGAAGUGGCUUCCAGUGCUUGAAGGUAAGACCUUGGACGAUGGUACAAAAGAAGCUCCUCCAGAAUCAGAAGUUGGUAUUUUCAAACUUGUUCUGCAAUCCGGAAGAGACUUUGACGUUUCCAAGUCCAUUCUUGGAAAGCUGUCUACUUAUGCAGAGAUCUUUUUCGGAGAAGAGUUGGUUGCCAAGUCGAGAGUUGUUAAGAGCUCCAAUGAGCCUGAUUACAAGAUCAUCUUCGAAGAAUUGGUUCGUUCCAAGUCGACAACUCCAAUUAAGAUUGUGAUUAGAGACACCUCGUCUUACGGAACUCCAAUCAUUGGUGAAUACGCAUCCUCUUCCUUGAACGAUUUGGUCUUCAAUACUCUUGAAGGAAAAUCAACUAUCUCGUUGACCUCUGGAUCUGGAUUCUUAAGACUCAAGGCUAUCUGGAAACCUCUCGGUUCUCUUGGUGUUGACGGUGGUGCUAGCUUCAUUCCUCCUAUGGGUAUUGUCAGACUCAAUGUCAAGAAGUGCGAGAACCUCAAGAACUUGGAAACCAUUGGAAGCAUUGAUCCAUACGUCAGAGUUCUUAGUGGUGGCAGGGUUGCUGCCCAGACUCCCGUUGUUAAGGAUACUCUCAACCCUGUGUUUGAUGAGGUGAUGUACAUUCCUUUGAUCUCUGAAAACCAAAAGAUCACUCUUGAUUGUAUGGAUGUUGAGAAGUCUACUGAUGACAGAUUGGUUGGAUCUGCCGUCAUCACAUUGAACAAAUACAUCAAGAGGAACGAGAACGGAAACUAUCUUGCUUACGAAGGUUCUUCCAAGGUUAUCACCAAGCCGCUCAGUUACAAGGAGAAAGAGCAAAGAGGUACUGUUUACUACUCCAUUUCUUUCUAUCCAACUAUUCCAGUUUACUCUCAAAAGGAGCUGAGAGAGAAAAAGAAGGCCAAGGAAGUCGACAGAGAAGCUGAGCUUGAGGAGCUGAACGAACAGGCUGAAAUGAUGGAAGCUUACAAGAAGAAGCCUAACGAUUACGAGUGGUACACUGAUGAUGAUGACGAGGACAAGACAGGCAUCAACAAGAAAGAGUUGUCUUUCGACCAGUUGGUGUCUCACAAUUCUGGUGUUCUUGGUAUCAACCUCCUUUCCGGAAAGCUCUUCAAGCCAGACUGUUACGUGCAGUUCUUGCUGGAUGACCGUGCUUUCCCAGACUACACAUCCAAGAAGUCUAGUGGACGCAAGCUUGCGUCUGACGCGGGAAGUGCGUUUGUCAGAGACCUGAACCAUUCCACCGUGUUGGUGCGGAUCUCGCCUAAAGAGCAUGUCAAGAAGAAGACCGACAUCAUCACAGAAAAGGAGUUCAAGGUUAGUGACUUGCUCAGUAGAGGUUACAAAGAGCCUAUUCAUUUGGAUUUGGGUGGGAACUCUAUUGAGGCUCAAUUCGAGUACAUUCCUACUGCCAUCCCUCUUGGUGUCUCUGAGUCUAUGGACGACACGGGAAUUUUGAGCUUGACCAUAGUGAAGGCUCUUGAUUUGAAGGCUGCCGACAAGAACGGAAAGUCUGAUCCGUUUGUCGUUAUCACAGUCAACGGAAUCCAGGUGUACAAGACAGACAAGGUGAAGAAGAACCUGAACCCGGUUUUCAACGAGCAAGUGACGAUCCCUGUCAAGUCCAGAAGCAGAACUGAGGUGAAGGCUGUGUUGUACGAUUAUGAUGUUGCAGGCAAGAACGAUCCUCUGGGAUCUGCGGUUCUUGACUUGACCCAGCUGAAGCCUAACGAGAAGGUUCCAUUUGAGGUCCGUCUGGACACUCAAGGAUCUGUGAUCUUUGAAGGAUACUUUGAGCCUAAGUACAUGAGACCAGAGCUUUCUGAGUCUGGAGAGCUUGCGGGGCUUGCUGGAGCUCCAUUGAAGCUUGUUGGAGGUGCUGCUGGUUUUGUUGGACAGGCUGGUGCUGGUGCUGUUGGAGCUGGAGCUGGAGCUAUUGGUGCUGGUAUGGGAGCCGGUGUUGGUGCAGUGGGUGCUGGUGCCGGUGCAAUUGGCUCUGUUGGAGGUGGACUUAUGAGAAAGUUUGGUGGUAAGAAGAAGUCGUCGAUGGAUCUGAAUAGAAACGGCAACUCUUUGAACCCUCCUAACCAGUUCAACGAUACACAAUCGAUCCAAUCUAGCAAACCGGGCUCCCAAGCUUCUUCUCCAAUGAAGCCAGGAUACCAAAGACAGAACUCCGACAUGACGUCGUUCACCUCAACCACUUUGGGAGGAUCCACUCUUCCUGGAAGGGUGAGCAUUGUGCAACUCUCUGGAGUUCCUGAGAAAGAGAGUCUUUUGGUGAAGGUGUCGCUCGUUUCACCUUCCAAAACCAGAGAGAUCUACAAAACCAAGGCCGUCAAGCCAGACUCGGAAGGUGUCAUCUCCUGGAAAGAGUCUGUUCCGUUCAAGGCUGCAGGAGACGCCAAGGUGCUGUUCCAAGUCAAAGAACACCACACGUUUGGCAAAAGUGUUGAAUACGCAGAAACCCAGAUCGGACUGGAAGAGGUUGCCGGUAACUCGAGCGACAUCACUCUGCCAUUGUCCAACGGAGAGCUGGUUGUGAAUUUCAAUUUCGGUGCAAGCAGUUAG